AUGGAGGACAUUGAAAAAGAGAAUAGCAACUGUUGUAAUGAUGGAGUUCUACUUAGAAUGGGCCUCAAUGAUAACAAAGCUGGAAUGCAAGGUUUGGAUAAAGAGAAAAUCAAUAAAAUCAUCAUGGAGGCUACCAAGGGUUCUAGAUUUUAUGAAAAUGAACUGAAAAAAGAUAAGCAAGUUAACCAACGAAUUGAAAAGAUGAUGAGGCUGAAAGAGAAAAUUACAAGCCAACAGCUGUUGAAAGCACAGCUGCAGGUGGACAAGCUUGUGACGGAGCUGGAGCAGAACCGUAACCUCAGCUGUACGAUUGUACACAUUGACAUGGAUGCCUUCUAUGCAGCUGUAGAAAUGCGAGACAAUCCAGAGCUGAAGGAGAAACCUAUAGCAGUGCGAUCAAUGAGUAUGUUGUCCACCUCAAAUUACCAUGCUAGGAGAUUUGGUGUGCGUGUAGCCAUGCCUGGGUUUAUUGCUAAGAAGCUAUGCCCUCAUCUAACUAUAGUGCCAUUAAACUUUGAAAAAUAUGGCAAAGUGAGUAAAGAGGUUAGAGAAAUACUGGCUGAAUAUGAUCCCAACUUCAUGCCUAUGGGUCUAGAUGAAGCCUAUCUGAAUAUAACAGAGUACUUGGAAGAAAGAUUGAACUGGCCUGAAGAUAAGAGAAGGUGGUACUUGAACACAGAAAGCGCUACAGAAAAUGAUAAACUGAAUAUAGGUGUGCCUGCCAAAUUCAAUUCAAAGGAAGACGUGUUCUCCUCUUCACCGCUACUCUUUGAAGACGCCACUUCUCUGGCAGGUGACCACUGUGAACAAAGAAGCCCAUCAGCAGGGAAUUCAGUUGUCUUUGGAACUUCUGCAGAGGAAGUGGUGAAGGAAAUGCGCUUUAGGAUUGAACAGAAAACUAGACUGACUGCUAGUGCAGGAAUAGCUCCAAAUACAAUGCUAGCAAAAAUGUGCAGUGAUUAUAAUAAACCUAAUGGACAAUACAGGAUUAUACCUGAGAGACAAGUUGUAUUAGACUUUGUGAAAGAUUUACCCAUUCGGAAGGUGCCGGGUAUAGGAAGAGUAACAGAGAAGAUGCUAAAAGCCCUUGGAAUUGAGACUUGCUCAGAGCUUUACCAGCAGAGGGCGCUGCUUUCUCUUCUCUUUUCAGAAGCAUCUUGGCAUAAUUUCUUGGGUAUCUCGCUUGGUUUGGGCUCAACGCAUUUGGAAAAGGAUGGAGAAAGAAAAAGUAUGAGCACUGAAAGAACAUUCAGUGAAAUUAACACAACAGAAGAGCAGUACAGCUUGUGUCGAGAACUUUGCAGAGACCUGGCUCAAGAGUUACAGAAAGAAGGACUUAAGGGUAAAACUGUUACCCUGAAGCUGAAGAAUGUGAACUUUGAAGUAAAAACAAGAGCUUCAACUGUGCCAUCUUCCGUUUGUACUGAGGAGGAAAUAUUUGCUGUUGCUAAAGACUUGUUAGGAACAGAAAUUGAUACCGUUUCUCCUCAUCCAUUACGGAUAAGGCUUAUGGGUGUACGAGUUUCAGGAUUUCUAAGUGAAGAAGAGAAGAAAUACCAACAGAAAAGCAUUACAAGUUUUCUAAAAUCGGGAAAAGAAAUUAAUUUUCUUAGGCCUGAACCGGGGAAAUCCAACCAAGAAUACUGCACAAAAAAGUCAGAAGCAACUUCCCAAGGGAGUUUUUUUGAUAAAAAGGGAGCUGCAAGGCAGCAAAACAGCGAGGAUCUUUUUCUAAAUGGGGCAGUAGAUAAGCAGCUCCUUCAUGGUGGGAAAUCGUCAGCAAGUUUUGUGGAAGAAACAAACAAAGUCCCAGCCAUACAGAAUUGUACUGUGUGUAAAGUGUUCACCUGCCCCGUUUGCUUUGAGGAGCAAAGAAGCAGUGAUUUGAAAGAGCUUAACAGACAUAUUGAUGAAUGCCUUGCUGGGGGUCUUGUUAAUAAUAACAUAGGUAUAUCAAAUAAUGUGAAUUCAGGAGAAAAUACAUUUAGCUUCUUUUCAUCCUGUAAAAAUGAAAAUGUUGAGGAAUAUCAAAAAAGUAAAACUUGUCAGUUAGCAGGUACUUGCCAGUCAGCAAGUACAUCUGACAACUCUUCCAGCAAUAGCACAGAAAAAUUCACUCGGAUAGUAGUUGAUAAACCUCAUGAAGAAAGACAGCCUCAACAACUCAGUGAUAUGGCUAGAAACGUGUGUAUAGAAGAGUGUCUUAUUCCCAAAAGAACUCCUCUAGGCAAUACAGACCAUCUUGAAAAGACUGAGAAUACAGAAGAAGCUAGCUCAUCCUGUUUCUUUGAAGCCAAAGACGACAGUGUUCUUGUUUGUCCAGUUUGUAAUUUGGAACAGAAAACCACUAGUCUUAUGUCCUUUAAUAGGCAUGUGGAUAUCUGCUUAAAUAAAGGCAUCAUCCAGGAGCUGACAGAAAAAAAAGAUUGCCAUACUAAGACUUACGAUACAGAAAAUUCAAACAGAGUUGGAAGUUUAAGUAGAGGACAACCGUGUACAAAUCCAUCACAAGGAACAAAAAGGUCCCGACUUGCAACUUCACAGUCCAUAUCCAAAAAGGCCAAGUCAAGCAAUUCCAAGCAUACAAUUGAAAUGUUUUUUAAAUGAUUGUGUAGCAAUGUAUUCUCUAUGAAGAAUUUCAUAA